UCUCUACGUGGGAACUCAAGCGAUUCAACACAUUCGGAGCAAAGGUUUGACACCAAACAUGUCGACGAUCGCAAGUUCGGCUCACAUGGAUAUUUUCCAGAAUUUAGGAGUUGAUUUGGAUACUGAAGCUUCGAUAUCCGAAUAUUCAUACGCAUUAUUUCAGUUGUACACUAUUGUAUCUUUUGCGGAGUCAAACACGGAGUCGAUUCAAGAGCAAAUAACGAGGGUUUUAUUAGAAAGACUCAUUGUGAAUCGUCCUCAUCCCUGGGGACUCUUGAUCACUUUUAUCGAACUCAUUAAAAACCCGAGUUAUAAAUUUUGGAACCACGAAUUUGUACACUGCGCUCCAGAAAUUGAAAAGUUAUUCGAAUCUGUCGCCAGGUCUUGUAUGGUUCCAAAACAAGUGAAUCAACAACAAGAAAACGACAUUGGCGAACCUCUGGCCGUAUGA